AUGGUACAUAUGGACGAGGAGAUCAUGUCCGAAGCUGACAGACUUCACGCAGCGUUCCUUGGUAUUACCAGAACACAGGGUACACUGACGCCACUCGAGUUCUCUGUUGCUCUAUGCGAGUACUUCAGCGGUAGACGUGGAAUUCUCAAGUAUCGUGCACUCGGCAUGCAACCUAUGAUGGGUUGCCGUGGUGUAGCCACGUGUCACUGGGGAUCUGAUUUCAGGAAGGUGUUCAUUCCACGACGAUGGAUGAAUCGCAUUAAUGUAGCCACCGUAGCCGAGCUUACUGACCCAAAUGGAGAACACUUUGUAUCCAGUGACUAUACCAUCCGGAAGGUUGUCGAUGGUGACUACGCGAUUCUCAUCCGCUGCCCCACGCUAUCUGAUCAGUCAAUUCAAGCGGUACAAGUGUAUGCAUGGGACGAAGCAUCGAUUGGUGUACACCCUAACUUUUGUUCCCCGCUAAAUCUUGAUUAUGACGGAGACGAGGUACAUGUAGUGCCACUAGUCACUCCUUUGGCAAUCGUUGAACUCAAGCAAUACAUGUCGGAUAACGCACCGUAUACAUUCGAUACCAUUGCUUCAGAAUCGGUGUCACAUCUGAUGACUGGACAUAUUACAGUCGACAGACAUAACGCAUUUCUUCUCAGUACUCGAUCACUAGGUGAUACUCAGCCGGAUGUAAUAGGAACAGACCUACACACUCAGAUGCGUAACAAACCUGGACCGUGGAAGAAUAUCAGGAAUACCAUGACAGCAGCAACUGUAUCAUGUGAGGACUUUCGUGGACGGUCUAUUACUGCCAUUGAUAACCUUACACAGAGUCACUUGUGUAUCCACGAAGGUCAUACAUUCAGCAGGCAACUGAAAUAUGCUAUGUCUCAAAUCUCGUCACAGAAUCAUGUAGUAAGGGCCAAAUGGUUUCAUUCGGCAGAUGGCACAAUGCAAGGUUUGCGUAUUCCACCGUACAUUUCGCUUAGCACUGGACUUCCAGGUGUACGUCUAGCUUCCCGCAUCGGUAGAAAUGUUACACAGUUACUCCUUGACAUUGCUAAGAGAGCAGUAUUAUCUUCGGCUACAACGGGCGUAUUACUAUCGCUCCUGUCUAACGGAGAGUCGUACACUGCAUGCAUUGACCCACGUACUGGAUCAAAGCUAGUGUCGACUGGUAUAGCCUUAUACAGAGGCACGCUGGCUAGCAAGUUUCGCAUAGCAUUGGUAGCGUGUGAAUAUGCUCUCCAGUGUCUAAAGAUUGAGUGGGAAGGUAUCGAAUUGUACGAAUUAGCCUAUUGUGUAGCAGCUGCAUCAUUCAUCAACGAAUCUCCUCCUAUUACUGGCACCCGUAGCAUGCAGUUUAUCUCUCGUACACAUAGUAACGUAUUACUUACCGGUAUAGUAGAUGAUUUGAAGCAAAUGGAUGCUACUAUUCGAGAGGCAACACCUUUACACUUCGUGUCAUCGUCUGACGAUCCAAUGAUAGCGUCAUUCAUUGGUAACUUUUCACGCAUUGAUCAUCUUAGCGUCCGGCACAAAUGA